AUGUCAUCCAAGGACAAACUGCGAUUCACGGACGCAGAAGACGUUCUGCUCCCUCGGGAGGUCAACGCAAAGCUCCCGUUCAAAGCCAAACGAGGAACAGUGAUCAUUGUGUGGAACGAGGUCGCAGAUGCCGUCAACUCUAAUGAAGAGUUUAAUCGAGUUGGAAUUGAUGGAAAGCGCGCCCUCAAUCGUUUCACCCUGCUGAUGGACAACAAUCACUCCAGCAACGAAGCAUCGUCGCGUGCGUCAGGCAUUGAGGAAGAGUACGACGAAAAGACGCAGCUUCUUGACGAGCUGCACUCAGAGUUCGAAGACUGGAAGACUCAAGACAAGGUUCGCCUGGACGAAGCGGCACGGGAAGCCGAACGGAUCGAGAACAUGGGACUUGCGAUACGAGAGCAGGCUCUACAGUCAUUGGUUAAACGAAAGUCCACUGAAACGUACGAAAAGGACUACGAGGACAGGCAAAACGUGCGAGCACUCGAACUACAAGAACGUGAAGCCGUGCGGGUCAUAGAGUGCGAACAACGACAACGUGAGCGAGAAAUGUACAUGGAACAAGUACGAAUUCAACAUGAGACCAUGAUUAAGCUACUUCAAGCGUUGACUAAGCAAUAA